CAUUCUGUUAGCAGAGGUCUUACAAACAUCAGCUUAAAACCAGGAGGCAGUUUAGAUUCAUAACUCAAGAUGGAAUUUGGAAACAUCCGACAAUUGUUAGCUUUUUGGGGAUUUUUUUCUGUCAUAUUCGCCUCGUCAAACAUCAGUAAUGACAGUGAGUCACAUGAUUCAAAUCAGACCUAUGCCAGUUUAGGUUUGUUUGAUUGUUCGUUUGAAACAGAAGAUCACAGUGGUAAAGAACAGAUAUUGAAAUUCAUAGAUGAAAAGAAAGAACUUAUUUUUAUUCAUUUUCAUCUUCAAAAUUUCUCAAAUAUCUUUCCAUUUGAAUCAGGAGCAAAAAUUUAUAAAAUGUUAAAUUUAGUUCGAACAGCAGGUGGCUUUGGAAAUGAGUUGCUACGUUUGCAUCCACAGUUUGAACAGCUUUCCUUAGGAACUUUGGUGUUUGGUGUAGAACAUGUAGAUAUUCAGCUUAAACACAUGUCAAGUGAGUGCUUCUUCAACUCAACAGAGGAACACGUACAUAAAAAUUUGAUAGCGUUUGCCACAAAAGAAUUUCGUUUAUUAGAGAAUUCCAGUUCCGAUCAACGUAUUUGCAGUAUUUAUGUAGACAACAUUAAUGGGCGCGCCGAAUUUUACUACAAAUGUUGCUUCCGGAAUGCCAACUUUUCAUUUGAAUGUAGCAUCAUUGAAAAAACAUUUUGGGUAAAUAUUUUAUUUUUUGCCAUGACUUUCAUAUAUAUUGUUGCAUUCUUAUAUUCACCACUCUUAAUACCAACAUCUUGGUACAAGAAAAAUGUAGCAACUUUUACUUUUUGUCCAAGUAAAGCAAUAAGUAUUUUUUUGACAAAAGAAGAUGAAACAUCAAAAGGAGAUGAAAACACAGAUAUUUUAAAAAAUAAUAAUAUUAAGCAUAUGACAAAAUUAAAAUCAUAUGUCAUUAAAAUAGAUAAGCCUUCCUGUGUUUAUUUGGAUAUCAAAGAAGUAAAGAUAAGACUUCAAGACACAAAAACAGCCUCUUCAAGUUUUGUUCCGGGAAGUAUGUUUCAUUUUUUAUAUAGAACAUUUGUAGAAUGUCGUGUGAAAGAUCAUGAAUACGUUAAAGAUUGCUGUGAAGCUAAAUGCUGUCUAUGUUCCGAGGACUUGAAAUGGCUUUCAUUUUUGCAGUUAUUCGUGCAGAUUCUGUUUGUAAUUUGCCUCUUAAUUCCAUGGUGUUUACGUGUAUUGUUCUUUUAUUUGUAUGAGGAAAAUGACAGAAGUGAAAGGGAACAUUUUGCAAAUACAUUAAAUCUUGAGUAUCCAAAUGUUUUCCAAUGGAAUUUGACAUAUUCGUUAAAACCAGACCAUUCAUUUUUUAUAAUGUGUUAUGUUUUACCUUUCUUUACAUUUUUUAUCAAAUCUUCUAUUAAACGUGUAUUAGAUAAAGCCAGAAUUGAUAAAUAUGCCAAAGACAUUAAUAAGCUUUUCAAGAGCGGCUUGAAAAACGUGUUGAAACCUUGUACAAAAUGUGGUAUCUUUGGAAUUGUUAUAUGCCCGAUAUAUUUGGCUUUGAUUGCUCCAUAUAUCAUAAUUAGGUAUAUACUUCCCUACAUUCCUCUUGUCACUACGUCUUUUUUAUUAUUAUUUUCAUUUAUGCUAGAUAUAAACGAAUACGCCCAAAAAAUCUUUAAGAAAAAACACAUCACAAAAAAAGCAUUACUUAAGUUUACGGUUUUACUGAUCUGUUAUAUUUUGUUUCUUCUGUCGUUUGCUACUUCUUUGAUUUUGUGUCUUGAAGUAAUAGUUUUUUUUUCUUCAGAUUCUAAUGUAUGUUGCAAUAGGAGUUAUACUAAAUGCUUCCCAAGUUGUCACGUACGUUACUUUUGCAGGAAUUCUUAUUUUUUAUGCGUACAAUUCAAUAAGACAAGUUCUAAAUAAAUAUGAGCGGUUCAGUCAAACUGUGUUUAAAUAUAUCAUUAGGAACCUGAAAGAUCUCAAAAGCGGCAUGGCAAUGCAGUUAGAACAAGCUGAAGAUCGUAAUGCACCAUCUCAAUCAAUAGUCGUCGAAAACAAUAAGAUUGUGUUAUCAUCUACGAUGCCAUUUGUAUUUUUCGAUGAUCACGGUAAACCUUCAAUAAAUGAGGAAGUUUUUUUCAUAAUGUGUCGCAUGAAUUCAAAUGGGGCCCCUGGUUCAUUAUGGGGAAAUUAUAAAAAAGCUUUUAUUCAUUUUUUCAUUAUUGUUUUGUUUCUUCUUUUGGUUGCAACAAUCGUUUUAGCUUUCGGUCAGUCAAAAGGGGUCACAGGCACCUAUCUAGCUUUAGCAACAUUGGGCGGUGGAUUAAUUCCCUUGAUUUUACGGAAAUAUUUUUUUAGGUCCCAUGAUUUGUGUGAUUGUGGAACAGAACAGAAAUUGUUUUGGGAUGAGCUGAAACCAAUGUUUACAAAAUAUGAAACAAGUUUUGAAAUUGAAGACAUUACUGAUGCUAGUCUACUAACUGAUCCAUCACCCCAAAAAAAAAGUGAAUAUAAGGAAAUCAAAGUUGAAUUCCCUAUCAAAAGUGAUGAACCCACUGAAAGUGACCUUUCUUUAGACGAGUGUCGUGUUUGAGCUCAUUAAAUAGUGGUCGUUUGAUUUUCAUCGUCCUUUGAAACCAAUUAGAACUAAGGUUGGUAGAAAAUUCUGUUUUCAACGACGAACGGGUUAUUAGUGCGCCGAAAUUUGAUUUUAGAAUUGCUAAAAACUUAAAACAUUAUGGUCUACAGUAAGCUUUAGAAAGUAACUUUUCAGGGUCUGAUACAAUCUUGGCUUACAAAUAUUCGGCUUCAGGCAAUCCUGAUGAAGGUAAUCCAUAAAAGCGCUUCGGACGCAUGAAGUUUAUAAAGUUGUUUUAAUUUUUCGAUAUUAAUUUUUCUGCAAACGAUGUAAACUAAUUACAAAUACUUCUAGCUAGACCACAUUACUUUAUUGUUGUUGUUUUUUUUUUCAUAUUGUAUUUCUUACUAUACAUCAAUGUUAACUCACCUCUACCGUACUAUGUAUUAUUUGUAUAUCUUUUUUGCAUGUCAAUCUCUGUACCUUUGAUUUUAUUGGUUUUUACACAAACAGGUAUUUUUGAAAUCAAUGACGUCAUAACGUUUAGACGUUCUGUCCUGAAUCUUCCAAGGGUGGGUUAUUAAACAGAAAAAACGGCAUUUCCUUUUUUUAAUUUAAUCCUGGCAGCAUAACUAAGUUUUUUUCAGAAAAUGAAAAGAAAGUAUCUGUAUGACAAAUAGGUCUAGUUUUGUGAUGCCAAGACUAAGUAACAAUCUCAAUUGGUCAUGUUAUAACUUUAACGGUACCAAUAUUUCUGCACCAGAUGCGCAUUUCGACAAGAAAUGUCUCUUCAGUGUUGCACGAGGCCAAAAUAUUUGAAAAUCCAAAGCUUAUUAAAAAGAUGAAGAGCUAUAAUCCAAAAAAGAUCAAAAGAGUAUAGCCAAAGCCGGGCAAGGAAUCAGAGCUUUGCAUGAGGGAGAUAUAUUCCUUAAUUUAAAAUAAUUUCUAAAAUUUUACAACAGCAAAUGUUAAUAACAAAAAAUCUGUAUUUUCAUGCCAGUGCCGAAGAUCUGGCUACAGGGCUGGUGAUACCCUCGGGGACUAACAGUCUAAAUUUGUUUUUUAUGUUAUAUAAAUAUGGCUUAUGAUGGUUGGUUGUCGUAAAUGUGUAAAAAGCUAGUUAUUUUUCAAAUAGCUAUAUAUAUUAAGGUUUAUCUUUAUUUUGAAUAUUUUAAAAUAUACCUAUGAUUUAUCUAUGAUGAGUUUAUAUGCCAUGAUAGAUAAAGUGUAUCUAAAUUCUGCUCCUGUGUAUCAAUAGCCUGAUAUUAUUAACAUCAUUGUUAUAUGUCUAUGAAAUAGUUGUUGAAGACCAGUAGAACUUCAUUUUAGAAUGUGAUUAAUAAAGUGAUUUUCGACGUUAAUACUUCAAAAGUAUUUAUUAAAGGAAAACUUAGACUCAAAAAUAAGUACAACCGUUACCUGUCAAAUAUAUCAAAGUGACUAACGAUUCAGCUAAAAUACAUGUAUUCUGUAGAAAAGUAUGUACUUUUUCAAUUGUUUUGAAUGGUUUUUUUUUUAUAUUAUGAAUGAAAGCAAUACUCCGUUUCAUUCAAUCAUCAUUGAAAAAAUUGUGUUUUUAUGUAAUAUAUUUUGUAUAAUAUUUAUCUUAUAUUCAUACUGUAUGAGAACAAUUAGCUGCAUUCAAAAUAAAGUAAUUUUAUUAUACGA